CGGGUGGAACUUGUCCAGGUGCUCUGGGACGGGGUUGGGAUUCAUCUUGAUGUGCGGGAACUUGGCCGUGUGGCGCUGAAAGUGCACCUUGAGGUUCCCUUUGGUGGUGAAGCGGCUGCCACACACGUUGCAUUUGAACGGGCGCUCACCUGUGUGCGAGCGGAUGUGGAUCUGGAGCGCCGAGUCGCUGCCAAACACCUUGCCGCAGUAGCGGCAGCGAUGCUUGAAGAAUGGCUCGUUGCGGCCCUUGCCGUCGUAUGGCUGCAUGGAGCCGGGUUUGCCGCCCGCGCCCGCCUUGCCCCCGCGGAACGCCAGCUCGUCCGCCAGGUUGUUGGCCAGCAGCCCCUGGCUGGCGCUGUCCAGCACCUCCUGCGCGCGCCGCUGCAGCAUCUCGAGCGUGUUAGGCUCUGUGGGCGGCGGCGGUGGGUCGGAAUUGGUGAUGAUGGAGGACGCCAACGACGAAGAGAUGGAACAGAGCGCGAGCGGCGGGGGCGGGCCGGGCGGU